CCCUCAGCUGGAUCCUAAUCCAACGGUCGGUAUCUAACCUCUCAAAACCCUCAAGAAACCCCUCGCCGUUCUCUUGACGCUGCGAUCGACCUCGCGCCUCUCUCCCUUCCCUCGCGCUGCCAUGGAUCCCGACUUCCACUUCGACGCGGUGAGCUCGGACGAGGAGACCGUCGCGGUCGAGGAAGGGGCGAAAAAGCAGUCGCCGUGGGAGUUCUCUUCCUUCUCGGUGUCCGUAGCCGAUGAGCAUGUCCGGAGGAGAACCACCUCCGUUGACGCCAAGAUCUCCAAGGCUCUCCAGCAACGCCCCGUCUCGCUUCCCGACGACGAAGAUGAUGACGACGAGGAAGAGCCCAAGGAGGAGGAGGAGGUCCUCUCCGCUGAUGAGUCCACCAAGAAAGAAAAUCAUAAAUCUCGAAAGCCUGAUGGCAAAAAUACUAGCGGAGGGGCAGGUGCUUUUUUUGCAUCAUCCGAAGGAGCAUCAUUCCAUGCAAAUUCUUUUAUCGAGCUGAACUUAUCUCGCCCUUUACUUAGAGCUUGUGAAGCAUUGGGAUACCAUAAGCCAACACCAAUUCAGGCUGCAUGCAUACCGUUAGCAUUAACUGGCCGUGAUAUAUGUGGUAGCGCCAUAACAGGCUCUGGAAAGACAGCUGCAUUCACCUUACCUGUGCUGGAGCGUUUGCUUUUCCGGCCCAAGCGUGUCUCUGCAAUCAGGGUGCUUAUUCUUACUCCAACCAGAGAGCUAGCUGCACAGGUCCAUAGUAUGAUAGAGAAACUUGCUCAAUUUACUGAUGUCAGAUGCUGCCUUGUUGUUGGCGGGCUUCCAACGAAGAUGCAAGAGGCAGCCUUGAGAUCAAUGCCUGAUAUUGUUGUAGCUACUCCUGGGAGAAUAAUAGAUCAUCUAUGGAAUUCAGUUUCAGUUGGGCUUGAAGAUCUUGCUGUUUUGAUCCUUGAUGAGGCAGACCGUCUUCUAGAGUUGGGUUUCAGUGCUGAAAUUCAUGAACUGAUUCGCUUGUGCCCUAAACGGAGACAAACCUUGCUAUUUUCUGCUACUAUGACUGAAGAAGUUGAUCAGCUUGUCAAGCUUUCACUAAAUAAACCUGUACGCCUUCAGGCUGAUCCCUCUGCGAGGCGACCAGCUACAUUGACUGAGGAGGUAGUUAGAAUACGACGUAUGCGUGAAGUAAAUCAGGAAGCGGUUCUUCUUGCACUAUGUUCUAAGACCUUCAUGCAGAAAGUGAUCAUUUUCAGUGGAACUAAACAGGCUGCACAUAGGUUAAAAAUAAUAUUCGGCCUGGCUGGAAUGAAAGCUGCUGAACUUCAUGGUAAUCUAACUCAAGCACAACGCCUUGAUGCUUUGGAACUAUUUAGAAGGCAAGAAGUGGAUUUUCUAAUUGCAACUGAUGUUGCUGCUCGUGGGCUUGACAUUGUUGGUGUUCAAACUGUAAUUAAUUUUGCAUGCCCUCGUGAUGAUAAAAGCUAUGUUCAUCGGGUUGGUCGUACAGCUAGAGCUGGGAGAGAAGGAUAUGCUGUUACAUUUGUGACCGAUGAUGAUCGUUCUCUCUUGAAGGCCAUUGCAAAGAAGGCUGGUUCAAAAUUAAAGAGUCGAAUUGUUGCUGAAAAGUCAAUAGCUGAAUGGUCUCAAUUAAUUGAACAAAUGGAAGAUCAAAUUUCAACAGUUCUUCAAGAAGAAAGGGAGGAAAGAGCAUUGAGGAAAGCGGAAAUGGAAGCAACAAAGGCAGAAAAUAUGAUCGCACAUAAGGAAGAAAUUUUUUCACGCCCUAAAAGAACUUGGUUUGCAACUGAAAAGGAGAAGAAACUUCUAGCUAAGGCUGCAAAAGAAUCCUUGGAAAAAAAUCAAAAUGGUCAAAAGGAAGUAAUAAGUGCUCAGCAAGCAGAAGAAUUGAAAUUGAAGGAGAAGAGAAAAAGAGAGCGUGAGAAAAAUCUGCCACGUAAGAAACGUCGAAGACUGGAAGCAGCUCGGGAGAUUUUAGAGAAUGAAGAGGAAGAUAACAAUGAAGAUCAGGAAACCGGAGGCGGCAAGAAAGGGAAAACAGGGAUAUCGCUUGUUGAUGUAGCUUACCGCCGAGCAAAAUCAGUGAAAGCUAUUCAGAAGGCACAUGAAGGUGGGAAGAUAUUGAAAAAUUCUGGCAAAAGGGCAAACCAACCUUCUCAAAAAAAUCAAACCAGAAAAGAAGAGAUGCUCGAACUAUUCCAUAAUGAUAUGGGUGAAAGGAAACAGAGCCAUACCUCUAAGAGAAGUAAUAAUGCUUCUAGUAGAAGAAAAUCUAAGAGUUCUUUCAAGAGUAAAUCAAGGUAUAAACGGAGAAAGUAGGAGAAAGUUCUUAAAUGAUAAUCCAACAAGAUGUCACUCAAUUGAUUUAUGGUCAUGGUUCAAAUUGGCUGAAGCUCAUAUUUGUAAGAAUAUUAGUUUUAUAUUUUAGAAUUUUGACAAUAUCAUAUGAGUCAUACUGCAGAAUUUGUUAUAUCGAUAUGUAUCAUGUUGUCAUUCAACCAUCUUAAUCUAGUUGAGGUUUCAAUCCAUUUUUGUAUUUGUAAUAUACCUGCCAUGGGCCUCCUAAUACAUGCAUAAAUUCUCAUAGGCAUGUGUUUUACGA